AUGGCAGAAAUCACUGCCACCAUUGAGCUGGUCAGGACAGUUCUGACACCUCUGAGGGCUGUGAAGCAAGCCAUCGACAACAUUGUGAAAAUUGAUGAGAGCCAGCACUUCCUUCAGGACAGGGUGCAUGGAAUUUUUGGCGUUUUGGAGCGAAUCCAGCUUGUGCAAGGCUUUGGGACAGCAAGUGGAUUGGAUGGGCAUCUCAAGUCUAUGGACAAGACAAUUCGUGGGGUGCUUGAAAAACUGGUGCAUGCCCUGGACCUCUUGGUGAGGACUGAUAGCACGCCACACUACAAGAAGUGGAUACACUCCAAGAAUAUAAGGGCACAGUUUGAAGAUGUGCACCAUGAUCUCAACACCGUCGUUUCAGAUCUGACACUGGCGAUAACAGCAUGCUGCUUAGCAGCCAACAGCCAAGGCUGCAAGGACAUACAGGACCAACUGAAGAGAAUAGACAGGCUUGGGGAGGAAGAUAAAUUGACUCGGUUUGUGGAGGAGAUGCAUCGCCUGGGCCACACUGAGGCAUACUGCAGGUACAACAGAAGCAUGAUGGAGUUCCUUGCAAGUCAGCUGCACCCAAUCGACCAGUUGCUGACCUGGCCACCGAGUAGGCCGGGGCACAUGUCAAGCGAUGAAUGGAGGAGGUGUCAGAACACAUUGCGAGGCACUGUGCAGUUGGGACAGAAGCUGAUCGAGCGCCACAGGACGCAGUUCGAUCUGAAGACCUUUUAUUGUGUUGAAGACGCUCGACGAGGCAUAGAAAUGAUACUCCAGAAAAUAGGCGACUUGCUGUUCAUGUGUGGCCUCCAACAGGUGCAGAUCUGCGACACAGUACCUCCUGAAUGCAUUGAGGCAGACAUAAACGAUCUGCACCGCAAAUUGGACUUCAUUCUGUAUGGAAGGGCGAUCUGUGAUUUUGAUCUUGAUUUCCGAGAAGAGUGGGAAUCUGUCAAGAGAGAACAUAUGACGCGCAUACGCUCUUUGCUCAUCAUCAGAGAGACUGACAUCGAUUGGGGAAAGGAGGUGUCCCAAGAGGUUCGCGAGGCUGUAUACUUCAACACAAAGGUGAUGGUGAAGAGGCUGAUUCCCAAGGGAGGCCAGCUGGAUCUUGAAGACUUCGCAAAAUUCUUCACGGAGGUGGCCAUAAUGGAUUCCAUCAGGCUCCCAUACGUCGCCAGGUUCUUUGGCGCAAGCAUGACUGGCCUGCUGGUGAUGGAGCGCAGCGACAUGGACCUCAUGGAGUGGUACAGGCAAACCCUGUCACUGACGUGGCCACAGAAGAUAAACGCACUGAAACAGGCAGCUCUUGGCCUGGAGUACGUGCAUGCACAGGGGGUGAUUCAUCGGGGAGUGAACAGCCACAGUUUCCUUGUUUUCGACAACGCCGAAAGCUCAGUCAAGAUUGCUGACUUCAGCUCCGCCAUCGAGAUCACAGACGUGAGGACGAUUUCUGUCAGGCGGCACAUAGGCCCGUCUCUCUGGAUAGCACCGGAGAUCUUCGAUGGGCGAUCCCACAGCCUGGCCUCCGACGUCUUCAGUUUUGGAGUCGUCAUGCACGAGGUCGCGGCGCAGCGGUACCCAUAUGGCAUCGGAUCCACGGAGGCCGACAUUUGGGAGAAGAAGAAGAAUGGGGUGCCGCCCUGCGACGUUCCUGCAGACUGCCCUGGUGGGCUUGUGGAGCUGAUGCGAGCAUGCUGCUCUUCGGACGCGGAACACAGACCAUGCAUGCGCCGUGUCAGGGAGUUUUUGUGCGGUCUUGAUGGCACUUCUUGA